UUUGAUCCAACCAUCAUCGUCAGCAGGUAACUGUCGGUGCUGUGUUGCAUCAGCAACGCCCCAUUUUUACAGACUCACCAACCGUUUUCUUUGCCCUUUCAACCAUACAUCUCUUCACUCCUCUCACCGACAUUUCCAUUCUCAACAUUCAAGCUCAAAAGAAGAAGAAAAAAGGAGAAGAAAGAAGAAAGAUUUGAUUUUUGUGGAAAAAAGUUGCUGUAUAAGGUGGGAGAAAAUGGGGGAUAAGUCGAGGUCGAAAGGGGGUUGGUGCGGGUGGCUGCUGGUGUUGAUAGUUGCGGCGGCAAUUGGGGUUUCCAUUUUCGUGCUUGUGAAGAAGAAACAUGGCGGCGGGUCUUCGGAGCCCGAUGCCGCCCCUGUUCCCGGGCCUCCUGGCGCCGUUACUCAGAAAUAUGGCGAUGCCCUCAAGAUCGCAAUGCAGUUCUUUGAUGUGCAGAAGUCUGGAAAGUUGGUAGACAACAAAAUAUCAUGGCGAGGGGAUUCUGGUCUCAAAGAUGGCAAAUCAGCAAGUCUAGAUCUGAGUAAAGGAAUGUAUGAUGCUGGGGACCUUAUGAAAUUCGGGUUCCCGAUGGCUUAUACUGCGACAGUAUUGGCAUGGACGAUCCUCGAGUAUGGUGAUCAGAUGGCGGUAGUGAAACAGUUAGAACCUGCCAAAGGUUCGCUCAAAUGGAUAACUGACUACCUUGUCAACGCGCAUCCUGAGGAUAAUGUCCUUUACAUUCAGGUGGGUGAUCCCGACAUAGACCAUAAAUGCUGGCAAAGGCCUGAAGAGAUGACUGAAUCGAGGCCUCUUACCCAAAUCAACGCUUCUGUCCCGGGAACCGAAGUUGCAGCUGAAACUGCAGCAGCUAUGGCAGCAGCAUCCCUUGUGUUUAAAUCCUCCAACUCUGAAUACUCGAGCUCGCUUCUGAAUCACGCUAAACAGUUGUUUACUUUUGCUGACAAACACAGAGGAUCUUACAGUGAAAACAUUCCUAAAGUUGCCACAUAUUAUAACUCAACGGGAUACGGUGAUGAACUCUUGUGGGCAGCAACCUGGCUCUAUCACGCAACAGGAGAUCAAUCGUAUCAUGAUUAUGUGACCGGGGACAGCGCGGAUGAAUUUGCUAGUUUUGGAAAUCCAACCUGGUUUAGCUGGGAUAACAAACUCGCGGGAGUGCAGGUUCUCUUGUCCCGGGUAAGUUUAUUUAGGUCAAAGGAUUUAUCAAACUCGAACGUUCUGAUGAAGUAUAGGAGCACUGCAGAAGCAGUUAUGUGUGGCCUCUUACCGAAAUCUCCUACAGCCACAUCCAGCAGAACCGAUUCUGGUUUAGUAUGGAUAAGCCAAUGGAACGCUUUGCAGCAUCCCGUAGCCUCGGCCUUCUUAGCUGUAGUCUACAGCGAUUACAUGCUUUCGUCUCGCACUGCAAAGAUAACGUGCGAUGGAAAAUAUUAUACCCCAUCUGAUCUGCGGAAGUUUGCCAUGUCACAGGCUGAUUAUGUUUUGGGCGACAAUCCAAUGAAGAUGAGUUAUCUCGUUGGGUAUGGAGACAACUACCCGAAAUAUGUUCACCAUCGAGGAGCCUCGAUACCCACCGAUGCAACAACCGGGUGCAAAGAUGGCUUCAAGUGGCUCGAAUCCACCCAGCCUAACCCCAACGUUGCAGUUGGGGGACUCGUCGGUGGGCCAUUUCUGAACGAGACGUAUAUUGAUUCAAGGAACAACUCGAUGCAAGCGGAGCCCACGACCUACAACAGUGCAAUCAUCGUCGGCCUUCUUUCGGGCUUGGUUACAACCUCUUCAGUUGUUCGCUCUUUCACUUGAGGUAGGCUUCACACGCAAUCCACCAUUAUCUUGCCUCGUGUCGUAUAUAUAGCUGUGUGCACACAUCUCUGAUAUUGCAUUAUUUGGAUCAACUAGUAUGUUGUACCACUAUUAGUUUGUGUCAAAGCAAAAUGAGUUUUGUAGUGUGUAAAAACAUAUAAUCUAUGUUUAAGAAAAAAGGCUUUUAUGAUCUGCCAGUUCUGCUCC